AUGUCAAGCCAGGACAGACCAUCAGCAUCCAUUCCGAGCCAGCCACGAGCCAAACAGCUUCGUGCUUGUCUGCUCUGCUCAAUCAUUCAGACUCCUGCCGAUUUUCGCAAGCAUGGCUGUCCAAACUGUGAGGAACUCAUGCAGAUGAAGGGAUACCCUGACCGCAUACAAGCAUGCACGACGACCCACUUUGAAGGUGUGAUCGCUGUCAUUGACCCCGACAAUAGCUGGGUGGCCCGGUGGCAGAGAACAUCCAAGUACGUGAGAGGAAUGUAUGCUGUGCGCGUGAAGGGACGCGUACCAGAGGACGUGGAAGCAGAAUUAGAGAGCCGUAACAUCCGUUACCGUCCCAGAGACGGAACAGACCAGGACUAG